CUUUCCUUGCUCUCGCCGGAAUCUUAUCUGUCACUGGUUUUGCUUUGGAGUCUUGCGCCUGCAGUGUGCCCCCCCCUCCCCUUGUUUGAUGUUGAUGGCAAUAGCCGCCAUCAUUCCCACUCUCUUUCAACCUACAGGCCCGGGCCAACCAAAUUCUGGUUUGGCGAAGUGGUGGCACGAACGCUGAGGCCAACGCGCACCAUUGCUACGCGUCAAGCAAUCGUUUUGCUCGUUGAACACAAGGGUGAAUGAUCGAUGGGCAGGCGUCUCGGUGCUUCUUUAGCUGCUUUAGGUUCUGUUCUGGAAGCACGAAGGUGAAAAGGAGGAGAGUAAAGCGAAAAAGAAGGGUUCUUGGUUGUCCACUCUGAGUCUUCUUCUCAGCUACUAUGGUGAAAUUUCUGGUCGCCAGAAGGAAGUGAGCGUGAUUUUUCUGCUAGAAAUCUGAUAAAGGUUGGAUUUCUAGCUUUAUUCUGGGUGUUUUGGGUGUGGGACGGAAGAAAGGAGGUAUUUUUGCUUGGUUUGGGGCUUGUGAUGCGGGAUAAUAGGGUUUUUCCUCUUUCAUGAUUGGGAGAUGUGUGUAAGCGAUUGAUCCGAGCCCUGUUUCAGGACAUCUGAUGUGAUGAUAGCUGAGGUCUGAGGUGAAUUUGUAGAUUUCUGGUAACCGAAGUUUGAGCUGAGUGAUUGGUGAGAUUUCUUCUUGUUCUGACAUCUGAUUUGGAUUCUUGAGAGGAAAGAAGAAUCAUUUGCCAAGCUAGAUUUUGUGGCCACAGUUUUUCGUCUGUGAUGUUCUUGGUUGUGAGAUAGAAGAAGGGGGGUGGGGCGGAGCAAGGAAAACUCUUUUCUGCAGAAUCCUUUUGGCUUUGGAGAUGGAGAAGCAGUCGAGCCUUCGAAUUGGAGCCUUGGAGAAAUUGCAGAGCUUUCGGCUCGGGGUGAUGGAGAAACAGAAGAGCUUUCGGAUGGACAAACAAAGGAGUUUUCGAUUGGGAGAUAGACAGCAAAGUUUCAAAGAAAGAAAGAACAAGGAGAGCCCUGGCAAGCGUGGGGAUUUGGAGCUCCAUCUUGCUGCUAGGGCUGGCAAUGCAGUGCGUGUACACAAGAUACUCUCGGAGUGCAGUGAGACCCAGUUGAAAGAUUUGCUUUUCAAGCAGAAUCAGGAUGGGGAGACGGCGUUGUAUAUUGCUGCAGAAAAGGGUUAUGUGGAGGCCGUUCGGGAGAUAUUAAAAGUUUCAGACAUUCAAUCAGCUGGCAUCAAGGCCAAUAACAACUAUGAUUCAUUUCAUAUUGCCGCUAAGCAGGGCCAUCUUGAAGUGUUGAAGGAACUCUUCCAUUCUUUCCCUGCACUGGCCAUGACGACAAAUUCAUUGAAUUCAACAGCCUUGGACACUGCUGCAACUCAAGGUCAUGUUGAUGUCGUCAAUCUACUGCUAGAAACUGAUGCAAGCCUUGCUAAGAUUGCAAGGAAUAAUGGAAAGACCGUCUUACAUUCAGCAGCAAGAAUGGGUCAUGUGAACGUGGUGAAAUCUCUAUUAGAUAAGGAUCCUCGCAUUGGUUUAAGGACUGAUAAGAAGGGACAGACAGCAUUUCACAUGGCUGUGAAGGGCCAAAAUGUUGAGAUGGUGAUGGAGUUGCUGAAGCCUGAUCCAUCAAUAAUCAAUUUAGAAGAUAAUAAAGGGAAUAAACCAUUGCAUAUUGCUACAAGGAAGGGCAAUCCAAAGAUUGUACAGGCUUUGAUAUCAGUUGAAGGAAUCGACAUCAAUGCAGUGAAUAGAGCAGGUGAAACAGCCCUCAGCAUUGCGGAGAAAUGUGAAAAUGAAGAGAUUGCUGCCAUUCUAAGAGAAUUUGGUGCAGUUGUUGCAAAAGAACCAGCAAAUACAAUGACUGCUGCUAAGCAACUGAAGCAAACUGUCAGUGACAUAAAACACGAUGUUCAGUCCCAGCUCAGACAAACGCAUCAAACCGAAAUGAAGGUCCAGAAGAUCAAGAAGAGGCUCCAAAAGCUCCACCUGGGAGGUCUCAAUAACGCCAUCAAUUCCAACACUGUGGUUGCGGUUCUCAUCGCCACGGUGGCCUUUGCAGCCAUAUUCCAAUUGCCCGGCCAGUUUGUUCCGGACGCUGAAGAUGGAUUUACUCUUGGACAAGCCUAUAUCGCGAAAAAUGCAGCAUUCAUCAUCUUUUUGGUUUUCGAUUCUUUGGCUCUAUUCAUCUCAUUAGCAGUGGUGGUCGUCCAAACUUCCUUGAUAGUCGUCGAGCAGAAGGCCAAGAGGAGGAUGGUCUUUGUGAUGAACAAGUUGAUGUGGCUGGCUUGCCUCUUCAUAUCAGUGGCCUUCAUUUCCCUGACAUACAUUGUGGUAGGCCACCACGACUUGUGGCUGGCUUGGUCAACCAUGGCUAUAGGUGCCACAAUCAUGCUGACCACCUUAGGAUCAAUGUGCUACUGCAUAAUUGUUCACCGAAUAGAAGAAAAGAAUAUGAGGAACAUAAGAAAGAACUCAGGGAGCAGGUCCCGCUCGUGGUCUAUUUCAGUCGGUUCCGACUCAGAGAUACUAAAUAGUGAAUACAAGAAGAUGUAUGCCCUUUAGGAUGGAUAUGCUUUACACUUCAGUUUCUGCACUAAAAGAGCUAUUCAUAAUCCUCGGUUACAGUUCGUAUAUAUAUAUAGAUAUAUGACACGGCUUGUAUUGGCCACAUUCCACCAGAUGAAAUGAUUGAGGAGCAAUCUCGAAGGGCACUGCAACUUGUAGGACAUGAAUGAUCUACUGAAGUUGCCUUGAGCUCAAGAUGUCAAUCCUAGUGGGUAAAGGGUAUCCUCCAUAGAAUGUGAUGGGUGUUCAUCUUCUAUGUUUAAAGAUGGAAUCACACUACUAUAUAAUAUUUUUAGAGGAAUUUGCAUGGAAAUAUGUCUCAUCCAUGUACAUUUAUAUCUCAUUAGUAAAGGUCACCAGUAUAUCUUUGGAAUCA